AUGCCGUCAUUCGCGCAAAAGCACCAGUUUAUUCUACCGCAUCCACCUGCGCCAACGGUGUCGCUGUCGAGCCAGCUCAGCCCUCAGAAAAGGCGUCUGUCCAGCAUCAACGAUUCACCCUCGCCAGAUGCUGCACUCGCCACCAGUGAACAGCCCUUGAAGCGGGCCAAGCUGGAGAGCAGCAGCCCCCCUGUCGCUGACCUGCCUCCCCGCGAUGCUGCUGUAGUUACACCCGCGACUGCGACGCCUGCGCCUACUGCUUCUCCCGCGGUCACUAACGACUUGGAAGACGCUCGCGAUGCCAUUCAGUACCAGUUUGGUCUGGAGAUUCUGCUCAAGCAUAACGAGCUGAGGCUAAUCAACCAAGAGCUGGCGAAAUGCCAGGUCGCUCUCGAGCAACUACGCCGCUGCCAUCUCAUUCCUUAUCCUACCACCUGCCCCACCCCGGCGCAGAUGCUGGAUAUCAGCAACGGGAAAGGUCCAGCUUUGCAGAACCGCCGUGGAGACACUGUCCCUCAAUGGGCUCCGCCUUUUGGAGUUGUCGAUGGCCCCUACGCUCGACACUAUGCCAAGUGGCUCAUUCCCCAUCCCAAGUUUGAUGGCAUGCAGCCUGAGUGGUAUCCCGUACAUGAGACUGCCCGUAGCAGAGGCUCAGUAGAGGGACGGACAACGAGAAACAGCAUGUCUGAACUCGCCAGCGCACAUAAGAACCGCCCAGCCCGGGGUCUUGGUGGCCAAAAGCUGCAGUCUCUGUCCAGUGGCUACCCUCAGCCUAAGGAGAAGGCUGGACCUUGUGUUCUGAAGCGCUCCGACGGCCAGACUGUAAAGCUUGUCUGCUUGGACUGCAACCGAGAGAACUUCAGCAGCACCCAGGGUUUCAUCAACCACUGCCGAAUCGCUCACAGGCGAGACUUCAAGAGCCAUGAAGAGGCGGCCGUCCACUGCGGCCAUCCCAUUGAGGUGAGCGAAGGCGGCGGCGCCACCGGAGAGGAUAAGGCACCUGUUCCGUCGCCCGCUAUCGCGUCUGGCCUUGUCCAUCCGCUCGCUCAGGCCGACAUGUCCACUCAGCAGGCGUAUGUCGCGUUGCGGUCCAGGAUCGCAGAUUCCCUCAAGAUGUAUCGUGAAGGCAAGCUGCCUGGCGUUGCAAGCAUUCCCAGCGGAUGUUCAAAGGUUGAGCUGGCGAAGCCCGCCACACAGCAGCCCGAGAACUUCGUCGCUUCGGCCGACACCCCGUUCCUUUCGCGACUCAUGCAGAGCAGAAACUUCAACGGCAAUCUCAAUGAUAUUGUCAGCGAUGCCAAGGAGAAGGUGCCGUUGGACGACUUCACAUCACAGGGAGACGAUUCGGAAGAGGCCGAGACCGGUCCCGGCAGUCCUCAGAGUACUGCCGCACCAGCUGCUCGGGUUCCCGCCACUGCCAUGCGUAUGCCAGCAAGAGCACCAAUGUCGCCUGCUGCCCUGGCAUCGGCGAGACCAACCAGCAGCAAGGGCAGAUCGCCCCAGACAGGCUUCGCCUCCCCGCCCAUGAGCAGUCCUGACAAGGAUGAUGGACACAGAAUGAUGAUGCUCCGUGACGAGGACGUCGACAUGGACGCUGACCUCAGCCCGAACACCAUGGUCAGUAACAACGCGCCCUCGCUGGUGAGCGAUGAUGGCGAGUACGACGAUUCAGACGAUGGGUCGUCAGAAUCAGGUGUCAGCGAUCGGAUGGACGCCGACUCGGUGUCUGAUGUUGCUGAAAUUACCCUCGAUGAGGAUCAUGACGGCCGUCCGCUCGCCCAUCACCGGGAGACUAGCAGCGUUGGCUCCGGCGCCGCCAUGCGUCUCAAGAAGGACGAAAACAAGCACGUCACUUUCGUUGGUCCUGUUCACGAGAGCGCAAAGCGGGCCCGAAAAGUUUAG